AUAACAAUACUUACGACAGAAUGACUAAUUGUAGAUAACGUUGUUUUUUGUUCCUUUAUUCAAUUCAUAUCAGUCGUUACCUUGUCUCAAGACUUCAGUAAACUCAUCACUCAAGUUCACAAUUUUCAUGACCCAAGAGAGAACGACUGUGAGGCAUUCGACGAAGGAAAUCCAGAUAAAUGAAAGAUGCCGUCCCUCCUUGAGGGUAUUGAAGCGAAAUAUGGCAGGGAUUCAGACAGUUCAGAGCUUGAUAUCCCUAUUCUGUAUGUCCCAAGGAAGCCCCAGGAUUAUGUUCCACCUAUACUUGUCUUCAAUGAUUUUGGAAUAGAUUCAGCUGGAAGUGAAGAAAAGCUAAGGUGCAAAUGCCAGAAUGUCCAAGAACUCGAUCUUGCACAGAAUAGCCUUUCACAGUGGGCUGAGGUAAUGACUAUUCUUCGAAUAAUGCCUCGUCUGCAAUUUGUCAAUCUCAGCUUCAAUUCAUUAAGUCAAGCUUUAACAGACGAGCUUCUUCUGUCUGAUUGUUUUCCGAGACUGAAAAACCUUAUCCUUAAUGGAACUUACAUUGAUUGGCCUAGUGUGAGAAAACUUCUUACAUACUUGCCCAAUCUUGAAGAACUCCAUCUAAGCCUAAAUGGUUAUAGUUAUGUUGAACUAGAAGAACUAGAAGAUGGAGUCAGUGGUAUUCAUCCAGGUGUUAAAAGCUUAUACUUCACAGAUAAUACUAUAAGCUCCUGGCGGGAAGUGUGUAAACUAGGAAUAGCCUUUCCGAACCUACAUUCCCUUAUUCUUGCAGAUUGCCCUAUCAAUAACCUAGAUGUUACAAGUCCUGAUUCAACACCUGAACGACAGUAUUCUCGUACAGAAUCAGAAUGUGAAUCUGCUUCUAGUUCUACUAUAUCUCCACACCACACAUUUCGAAACCUUAAGUUUCUCAACCUCAACAAUACCCUCCUGUCAUCGUGGGAAGACAUUGACAGGCUAGCGUGUUUUCCAAAUUUAGCACAUUUGAGAAUUCAUGGCCUUCCUCUCUUUGAGUAUCCACAAGAGUAUACAAAGCACGAAAGAAGGCAACUAUUAAUAGCAAGAUUGCCAAAUAUUAGGACUUUGAAUGGUGGUGGAGAAAUAGGUGUUGAUGAUCGUGAAGAUGCAGAAAGGGCAUUUAUCAGGCAUUAUAUGGAUAAACCAGAAAGUGACCGCCCAGAAAGGUAUUCCGAUUUAGUAGCGGUUCAUGGUCGUCUAGAUCCUCUUGUCAAUAUUGAUCUUUCUCCUGAAAGAAAAGUGAAAGUGAACAUUGUUUAUGGAUCCAAGUCUGAAAUCAGACAAAUGGAAUCAAUUGAAAUGGAGAAUUGGGACGAAAAUUGGAGCUCUUCUGAAUCAGAAGAGACAGGCUCUUCUUUUUCUUACUCCGAAGAAUCAAGCACAAACACUCCACUGGGAAUGGAAGCUGUUAGAGUUGGAGGAGAAAGUUUUUUACUACCUCAGGGAUUAUGUGACAAUGCUGAUGUUUUUAAAGAAUUUUUUUCUCUCGACCUUUGGCAAAGUUUUUCAGAACAACAGAGGCAACAUUUGAAGAAUUUCCUCCCGUCAUUUCCGGAAAACGAUUCUGAAGAAAAAGAUGCAACACUAAGUAUGCUAUUUAAUCGUGAAAAUAUUAGAUUUGGAAAUCCAUUGGUUGAAUUUCAAAAACAAUUACGGGCUGCUUACUUCAGACCUGACUUAAGCAGAAUGCGGACUCUACUUAGGAAAGCACAAUAUAAAGAUUAUAAGCGUUCAGAACGAUGGCGGAUGUAUGAUCUUAUGAAAUCAGUAUUAGCUUCCAGGCAACAUUUAGUUGAUGCGGUCAUUAAUGGUGAAAGACCCAAAGUUUUUACUUCAACACCUAAAAAAUCUAGUGUUUCCCUUUCCCCAAAUGUUAAAAGUAGGUAUUUUCAAGAACUUGCAUUAAUCAAAGAAGAAAUUGGUGAAUCUAGUGAAAGUUCGGAGGAUGAAAACUAUCCAGAGGGGCCAUUGGGUGUUGGGAAAAAACCUAGAAGAAGUAUAAAUUUGGUAGAACUGGGACUUAAUGAUGGUAUCGAGCCAGUUCUUGGAACACUUUGUACUGGACCUACUCCUUGGGACCAAGGCAAAACCCCUCAAUAUAAUCCUUAUUAUAUUCAUGAACAGUCUUAUUCCCAGAUGUUGGCUGUUCAUUCUAAAAGAAGAUCUAACCGUGAGGAACAUCCGGACUUACAAGUUGAUGGUAUUACUCUUCAUGAUAUUGCUCAAAGGUGUAGUAAAUUUUUAAAGAAAUCGACUAGUUCCAAACCGAUUAUUUCUAAAAAAAAUAAACUAAAAUUGAACAGAACUGCUUCAAUAUCAAGUCCUAUGUUUGAUGACGAUUUUGGUGAUACAAGUGAAACUGAAGAAACUGGUAGUACUCUCCUCAAGCCAGAUUUAGAUGAUGAUGUAGAAAAAUUAGUAGACAUUGAAGCUGUUGAUGAACUUCCUUCAUUACCUGUGAUAGUGAGACAAAAUGCAACUGUUUCUAGUCAAAUAUCAACUUCAAAAAACAAUAAAUCACCAGCAUUAAAACGAUUUAGGACUGAAAGUCAUGACAGUUUAAAGAAAGGUUGUUUGUCAGGUAAUGAUGAAACUCCUAAGAAAGGAGGCUUAGGAAGUGAUAAAAAAACAAAGGUUACUAUAAUCAAAACAGAAACUGACCUCUCUCCUGAAAUUAAGAAAGCUAGAGUGCCUUUGACCCCUGCAACAUUGUCUGAUCUAGAUGGCAUUGAUAUGAUGGAUUUGCCGGUUGACUUUGAUGAAUCUUCACCACUUUCAUUAGAUGAAAUAAAAUCUCAUCCUGAGUUGAUGCAGGAAACACAGGCUUGUUUCUUCUCCCUUAUUCGGGACAUUCUCCUUUCAACUCCAGACCAUAGGAUAGAACCAAGAGAGCUUGAAUCUAGAGUGAAAGCCUGGGCCAACAGUCCUAUAGCACCUCUUAACCCUUGGUAUACACCUCAGUUGGAAUCAAAGUUGCAAUCAGCCGUUCAUUUUUUAGCUGGAGAUUCUUCAGAACCCCUUCCUGAAGAUUAUGUGCCUUAUAUGGAAUGGAAGGUGACUGUAAAGCAGUAUCAAUGGAUAGGAGCAGGCCGUGAUUCAGACCACCGCUUGGUUGCCUUAUGUUCAGUCUGGGGUGAAAGAAGCUCUGGCAACAGUUCUGCUUCUACAACUGUCCCACCAUCAAGCAGUAGUACUAUUAGUAAUAACAGCAUUGUUCAAACCUCGUCAGGACCCCCUGCUCCUCGAGGUCCCGCUGUACAACCCACUUCAAUACAGGACAGGAUUAUUUUCAGGCAGCAGAAUCGACUGACUUUUGUACAACAGCUCCUCACAAAAAAACUCCAUCUCCACAUAAGUACUCCAGGGCCUCGCUGGCGUAUUUUCUACUACCACCAAAAUCUGCACUGGCAGCGGCUCCUGGCUCAUGCCAGACCCUUCCAUGCACACCGUAAGAGUAAGAGGGUCACGGCUUUAAAGGCGACUCCCCGUGAAGCGUGGCCAGCUUUGCUGUUGACGGCAAAGUAUAGGCACGAUGCUACAGCUCCAUCCAUUUUCAGCGCUAGUUGCUUCAGCAGAGUUGGAGGUGUGGAAAGAGUUGUUGGCCCUGUGAGGUCAAUGCAAGCUGGAAAUCUGAGCAAAGCCCGAGGACAUACUCUGCUUGUUGAUGACAGACCAAAAUAUGUUACCAUACUUGAAUUAGUUCGAGAUGCUGUUGCGAGACUCCCGAAUGCUCAAGGAACUCGGGCUGAUAUUGUUACACUUCUAAAGGACUCACAGUAUCUAUCUGAAAAUUCACAAGAAGGGAUGUUGAGUUCUGUUGUUAGUGGUGCUUUGGAUAGGCUACAUUAUGAGAAUGAUCCAUCUGUUAAAUAUGAUUCUAAAAGGAAAAUUUGGGUCUACUUACACCGAGGAAGAAAACGAUUACAUGCUCUUGGUGCAAAUGUGAAAGUAUCAAGACCAAAAUCAGCAAGAAAGCCUUCUAAAACAAAGAAGGAUGCUUUACCCAAAAUUGAGAUUCCUGAGAGUUCUGAGGGUCGAAGUGGAACAGAAGGUGGUAGUGUUGUUGCAAUCACAACUGCUAGCGGUACACCAUUAGUUGUUGAUGCCAAAAACAGUGUGAAAAGACCAGUAACAACAGUUACCAGGAAAUUGAUAUCAGAUGGAGGAGUCAAAUCACUCCUUGGAAAACCAAGAAACAAAUUGAAUGAAGGACAAGGAAUCCUUAGACUUCAAGGAAGCUCAGGACAACAAAAGCCUGGAUCGAUUCUUCCUGCUAGAACAAUUGUACAGGACACUAAUCUGGUCAGAACUGCACCACAAAAUGUAGUUAAAAAAUCUGUGACUAUAUCAGCGGAUGCAGUUGCUAAAGCUGGAAAAUCGAUAGUAAAAGUAAUUACUACUUCGCAGACUGGAACUCAGAAUGCUGUAAGAACAGUACAAAGGGUAACAAAUCAACAAACAAGCCAGCAACAGCAGCAAUUAUUGCAAUUGAAACAGCAACUUCUUGCCAGUGGUGAUAAGAUUGUUAAGGGAACUGGCAUUCCUACAGCAUCAAUUAAAAAAACCCAAUCCCAAAUUGGAACUCAACAACAGGGUCAAGUUACAACUCAGGGACAACAGCAGCAGCAGACAUCUGGAGAUAGUGGUAGUGGUGUUUCUGGAGGAAGUGGCAGUUCACAGCAGAUGAUAGUUAUUAAUCAGCCACAGAUAUUGAUGGAUUCAUUAUCUGUUAAACAGCAAAAGCAGUUGCAGCAAAUUCUAACUAAGCAACAGCAGCAGGUUGACCAACAACAUACUUCAAAUCAGUCCAUUCAGUUGAUCCUCGGUAAACAACAGACUGGAGAGCAAGGCAAGGUUUUAGCAACUGGAGGCACUAAGACUGGUCCUAUGAUAGUCAUGAAACCAAAUGAUGGAAGUGGUAAACAAGGACAAGCAGGAGUACAGCAGAUGAUACUGGUAAAGCAGAGCAAUAGUGGUGAUAGUGGAGAUCAAGGAACAACAACUCAUAUCACUCAGCAACAACUUCAACAGAUGAUAUUGCUGAAACAACAGCAAACACAAGGUCAGGGCCAGGUGGGCCAACAGGGUCAACAGCUGACGCAACAGAUGAUUAUUGUGAAGCAUUCUGACCAGAAGUCAGUUCAAGUGAUUCCUCAGUCUACUUCUAAGGCUCAAGCUCAACCUCAGCCUCAGGCUCUGACAUUAGCUCAACUACAACAGUUGCAACAACAAAGAAAUUCUGUAUCCACUAGCCUUCUUUCACAACGAGUUGUUGUGAGCAGUUCUGGAGGUACAAGCUUGAUAAAGUCUCAAGUUGCGACGGGUACCAGUGCUGGAAGUCCAGUAGUUGCGAAAGUGGUCCCUGCUAGUGGAAAUAGCACUCCUAUAAUUACAAUGGAAAGUUUACUUUCGGCUGCUAAGCAAUCUCAAACCUCACAGCAAGCUACAGUGAGAUUGCCUACUGUAACUAGGGCCGUUCCAUCUCAGUAUGCUGUUGUUUCAUUGCCUCAACAGAGGGUGGUUCAAACAACUGUAUCACAAGCUGGAGGCAGUGACACUUCUAAUUCAACUACAAGUGUGAAAAUGGCCACAGCUCAGGGAGUAAGGAUUCCUGGAUUGAAUCUUACUCAGAUUGCUGGGAAGCAAGUUCUUUUAGCCAGUAAGCCUGCACAACAAGCUACUACAUUGCAAGGACAGAAUGUGGUGUUAGGAAAUUCUGGAGGACAAGCUUUACUGGUUGGAGGUAGCGGUGGUCAGCAGGGUACACUUACUCUGCUGCAGCAAGGAUCACAACAGAUUCUCAUACCACCUGGUGCUCUUAAGACUCUUCAGGGUCUUAAAGUGAUUCCUUUGGCAGCUACUGGAAAACAUCCUCAGCAAGGACGACAGCAAGUUUUUGCUAGGAUAAUAAAUCCAAGCAAUGUGCGACCUGUGAUAGCUACAAACAUUGUUCAAGAAGGAACUCAACAACCUUCACCUUCAAAGGAAUAAUAAAUUCUUAAUUUUAUUUUAACAAUAUAUAUUUUAAUGAAAACAGUUUUUUUCAGUUUUGAAAAACUGAAUUAACUCAAGGCGUGAUUGAUCUCAUCGUAUUUGAGUUUUUAUCCUAUGUAUAUUUUUGUUUAGUUAAAAUUAUAGCAGGAAUCAAGUUACAUAAAAUUUGUUUGUGUUUUAAAACUAAAUUUCUUAUAUUUAUUUAAUUAAUGGGAUUGAAUGCAAUUUAGACUUCAUUAUUUUAUUUAGUAAUAUGCUUCAUAUUUAAAAUAUAAUUAUUCGUAUUAGCUAUUAAAAUUUCUUAAAAAAUUAUAAUUUAAAUAUAUUAUGUUUAUUGUAAUAAGUUGAGAAAUAAUAAAAUUAGAAAGUUUGCAUUUUCCAUAUUAUUUGAAAUAAGUAAAAUUAAUAAUAUAUAUAAAAAAAAAAAAAAAUCGCAAUGUUAAUAUUUAACAACAAAGGCUGUGUUAUUUUGUUCUUUUGUAUAUUAUUCCCAAUUUGACUAAUGUACAUUUAAUUGUGAUCAAUGUAUUUAUUUUAUAAGAUUUGGAAAUGCUAUUUUGAUUAUUAGUAAUUAUGUUAAUAAUAUUAUAAUUGAACUAAUUAUAAUUGGUAAUAUAUUAAUUGUUAAUUUCUUAAUUAAUAAAUUAAAUCUUUAUUAUUAUUUUAGACACUGUAAUUUAUUUAUAUGGCUAACAAUUAACUAAUAGGCAGUUAGUAAUUACUAUUAGAUCUUAAGAAAAAUGGAGUAAUUAAAAAUAAGGUAGUGAUUUUUUUAAAUCCUUAAUUUACUUAUUUUUAUCUUAAACUUUCUAUGAUUUUAACAAUCUGUGAUCAAUGAAUUUCGUUAAGUUGUCCUUUGUUUAUGAACUGAUGGUGUUUUUGUUUUUGAGGGUUUUCAAAGAUCUCUGUGAUAUGAAAUAUUAUUCUGUCUUUGAAGUCCUGUUUAAUAGAGACUUUGUCAGGUAUACAUUAUACAGUGACAUAUUGAGAUCUUAAGAUCCCAAUCCCUAUUCUUAAUUACUGUUAUUAAUAUCAGUAUGAUUCCUGAUCAGAAGGUUUUUUUUUUUAGAUAAAAUCUUAAUUUCCAAUGCUGUUGUUUAUUUUACAGUGAUGUACUCUGAAGUCCAAUUAUGAACUUAAUCCACUUGUUGAGAAACCAACCACAUUUGGGUUAGCUGCUGCCAUUAAUAUUACUCGUUAAAAGGUUUUUAAAUACAUACAAAAAGAAUCAGUAAAUAUCUGUGAUCAUCUUAGUGCUAUCGCCAGUUUUAUGUAUUUGUUUAUUUAUGUAUGUUAAAUUAAAACCAUCUUAUAAUAUUUGAUUCAAUUGUUUGUAUUUAUUUAUUUCUUUUGCAAUAGUUUUUGUUGAAUUUCUGGGAGAGAUCUGAUUUUAAUUUUAUUCUUAAUGUACUGUUUAUUUCUGAAAAAAAAAAAAGAAUAGUUGUAUUCUGCUAUCAAUUAACAAAAAAUGUUAAAUUAUAUUGUAAUUAUCUGUAAAUUUGUAAAUACAUCCAUUGUAAUACAGCGUUGUAAAAAGUUACCUAAUUGUACAAAUGGUUAAGGAAUUUAAAAUAAUUAUUUAUGACAUCGUGAAUUAGUUGUAAAUUUAUAUGUUUAUUUGCAUGUAAAUAAUAGAAGAUAUUCACAAAUGAAUAUAUUAUGUAUUGUUUAAUAUGUAUAUUAUACAUACAUGUAAUAAUAUUGUCUUUAAUAAAGAUGUCUCACUAUUUUUUCUUUAUGAAA